CAUGGCGCCGCCCGAGAUGCCGCCAUUGGCCGACAGUGCGGCUCAUCGCCACGCGGCGGAGCGAUCUUCCAACCCCGCGCAGUCGCCGGAAGAGGCCUUCCCGCACGCGGUGGUCAAGGUCGCCGACCAUCUGCCGCUCGAGGCGAUGGCGGCCCUCAGCGGCUCGAGGGCGGCCACGAUCACGGCCGCGGUGGCCUGGGCGUGCAUGGCCAGCAGGGCCCUCGGAGGCGGCGCGGCGUUCAGCGCGCGCCGCGCGCGGAUGGAAGCGGGCGCGGCGGCCAGGCUCGCGGAGGGCGCCAACUUGAAGGGCGCCCGGGCCGACCUACAGGCGCUGCCGCACAAGGGGGCGGUGUCCGAUGCGGUGCCAGACGCGGGCUUCGAUUCCACGUGCGACAAGGACAUCGGCCAGGCCGGGCCGGCGGCCGUGGCCACGUUCCUCAGUUGCGCGGCGUUGACCACCGUGGCCCAUGACUCGCCGUCGCCGCUCGGCGCAGCCAUCGCAGUCGAGGCCAUAAGCGACGCCGACGCGGCAGUCGCGGAGGCUGCGGCCGGCGCCCCUCUUGUCUCGGAGCUGCUGACCGCUGGCCUGAUGACCGACCCCCUGCGCGAUGGGCCUGGCGGCGUCGGGAUCGGCACGCGCGGCGCCGCCGAG